ACUUUUCACUUGGCAAGCGACGAAAGUGGACGUUUCGACAUAUCUUGAGAAGAGGUCAAGUUCAAUGCGUCUCCUCACGGCGGUGCUGUGGUAAAAUGUGCGGUGCAAUUCAAAAAUUGAAGAUUUAUAUCAUGCUCAAAAUAAUGGAUGGAUUCUAAACGAUCUGUGCGUGACGUCGAAAUCAAAAGGACGACGGUAUGAGUGGAAUAGCGAGCCCCCUGGUCGGUUUGGGCGCGACCGCCGCCUCGAACUUGGGCUUCAUUUUCCCCGCCCUUAUAACCGCGAUCGCCUACUUCGGCUACGAUCGGAUGGACCCGGAAUCGAGACCGAUCGACAUGGACACCGCGGACCUUCUGGGUACCUACGAUUUCAUAGUGGUCGGUUCGGGAUCUGCAGGAGCAGUUGUGGCGAAUCGGCUCAGCGAAGUCGAACAGUGGAACGUGCUGCUGCUGGAGGCCGGCGGAGACGAGACGGAGAUAUCGGACGUGCCGCUAAUGGCCGCCUACCUGCAGUUGUCCGGGUUGGAUUGGAGGUACAAAACCGAACCGCAGGAGGGAGUGUGUCAGGCCAUGGUGAAUAAUCGCUGCAACUGGCCGCGUGGGAAAGUAAUCGGCGGUUCCUCGGUGUUGAACUACAUGCUCUACGUGCGCGGAAAUAAAAAGGACUACGAGAUAUGGGAGUCGCUGGGAAAUCCAGGGUGGGGUUCCCGCGACGCCCUCUACUACUUCAAGAAGUCGGAGGACAACCAAAAUCCGUACCUGGCGAGGACGCCGUAUCAUUCGACGAGUGGCUACCUCACCAUAGCCGAGGCGCCUUAUCAAACCUCACUAGUGAGAAGCUUCAUCGAGGGAGGAACCCAACUGGGCUACAAGAAUCGCGACAUCAACGGCGAGUUCCAAACGGGGUUCAUGGUGGCACAAGGCACCGUACGCAGGGGCUCCAGAUGCUCGUCCAGCAAAGCGUUUCUGCGCCCAAUUCGUCUGCGGAAAAACCUACACGUGGCCAUGCACUCCCACGUAACGCGAGUCAUCAUAAGCCCCCAAAGCAAGAGGGCGCUAGGUGUCGAAUUCAUGCGCGACGGCCAAGUGCACCGGGUCAAAGCAAGCAAGGAAGUGAUCCUGUCGGCGGGCGCGGUCAACUCCCCGCAGCUACUCAUGCUGUCGGGAGUCGGUCCGAAGGAAGAUCUCCAACAGCUCGGGAUACGAGUAGUUCAAGACCUGAAGGUCGGCCAUAACCUGCAGGACCACAUCGGGCUCGGUGGGCUGACGUUCAAGGUCAAUCAGCCGCUCGCGAUCAUCCUGGAGAGGGUGUACGCAGUUAGAGCGAUCAUGGAGUACGUUGUUCUUGGACGCGGACCCCUCACCGUAAUGGGGGGAGUCGAAGGUCUCGCCUUCGUGAACACGAAGUACGCAAAUGCCACCGAUGACUUCCCCGACAUCGAGUUUCACUUCAUCUCGGGCUCGACGAACUCCGACGGAGGGGUGCAGAUCACCAAGGCGCACGGCUUGAAGCCGGAGUUCUACAAGAGGGUCUUCGAGCGAAUGAACAACAAGGACGUGUGGAGCGUGAUACCGGUGCUGCUGAGACCGAGGAGCAGGGGGGUAAUUAAACUGCGCAGCACGAACCCCUUCGACCACCCCAUGAUCUAUCCGAACUACUUCAAGGACGACUUCGACAUGAGAACCCUGAUCGAGGGUGUCAAAAUAGGGGUGGCCCUCAGCAAGACGCCCGCGUUCAAGAAGUACGGCAGCGAGAUGAUGCGAUUCCCCGACUGCGAACACGUGCCCUUCAACACAGAUCCGUACUGGGAGUGCAUGAUUCGUUUGUACUCGGUCACGAUUUACCACCCGGUCGGCACGUGCAAGAUGGGACCCUACUGGGACCAAGACGCCGUCGUCGAUCCCCAACUGCGGGUGUACGGCGUGAAGGGUCUACGCGUCGUCGACGCCUCGAUCAUGCCGACUUUGGUCAGCGGGAAUACGAACGCCCCGGUCAUUAUGGUGGGAGAAAAGGGGGCCGAUUUGAUCAAGGAGUUUUGGCUUAAUUCUGCCAACGAUCGACAACGAUAAUUAAUUUAUUGUAAAUAAUUGUACCAAAAUUAGGAUAA